CUGGGCUCCUGUGCCAGGGCCAGGUCUCCCGUGAAACCCCAGCGCGAGAGGCAUGCUCUGGCUCUGAGCAGGGCCAUCCUGCAUGCCUAAUCGGCUAUUUAAGGAGCUGUUGGCCAACAACCCAGGCAGCCCCGCUCCCCACGUACACCCAUCGAGAGCCACCUUAAAAGCAGAAGGCAAUUGUGAAGUCGCUGGCCAGCAAGUAGAGUGAAGACUGCAGAGGGAGAUAAAAAAGAGAGGGCAGAGAGAGAAGGCUGCGAGAUUUGUCCUGGGGACCUGGAAAGGACCUGGAAACCCACCGUAGCCUACUGAAAACCAACUGCCCUAGAAGCCUGCAGAGACACAGAGACAGCAAGAGAAAAAGAGAUAAAAACAUUCAACUUUAGGAUUCUCUCUCCUCUAGUCCUCUAGUCUCCAAACUCCCAGUACCUUGUGCUCCUUCUGAGGAUACCAUCAUGUUCUUCAUUCUCCUGCUACAGGUGAUUUGGAUCCUGGCUGCAUUCGGGGGUCAACACUGGACAUAUGAGGGCCCACAUGGUCAACACCAUUGGCCAGCCUCUUACCCUGAAUGUGGAAGCAAUGCCCAGUCCCCCGUCAAUAUCCAGACAGACAGUGUGACUUUUGACCCGGAGUUGCCCCCUCUGCAGCCCCAUGGAUAUGACCAGCCUGGCACCAAGCCUUUGGAGCUGCACAAUAAUGGCCACACAGUACAACUCUCUCUACCCCCUACUUUGUAUCUGGAGGGACUUCCCCGGAAAUAUGUAGCUGCCCAGCUCCACCUGCACUGGGGUCAGAAAGGAUCCCUAAAGGGGUCAGAACACCAGAUCAACAGUGAAGCCACAGCUGCAGAGCUCCACAUCGUACAUUAUGAUUCUGAUUCCUAUAACAGCUUGAGUGAAGCUGCUCCAAGGCCUCAGGGCCUGGCUGUCUUGGGCAUCCUCAUUGAGGUGGGUGAGACAAAUAAUCCAGCUUAUGAACACAUUCUGAGUCACUUGCAUGAAAUCAGGUAUAAAGAUCAGAGUACCUCAGUGCCUCCCUUCAGCGUGAGAGAGCUGCUCCCCCCAGUGCUGGCACAGUUCUUCCGCUACAAUGGCUCACUCACCACACCCCCCUGCUACCAGAGUGUGCUCUGGACAGUCUUCAAUCGAAGGGCCCAGAUCUCAAUGGAACAGCUGGAGAAACUUCAGGAGACACUGUUCUCUACGGAGGAGGAGCCCUCUAAGCUCCUGGUACAGAACUACCGAGCCCCCCAGCCUCUCAACCAGCGAACGGUCUUUGCUUCAUUCAUCCAAGGAUCCUCGUAUACCACAGGUGAAAUGCUGAGCCUAGGAGUGGGAAUCUUGGUUGGCUGUCUCUGCCUUCUGCUGGCUGUUUAUUUCAUCGCUAGGAAGAUUCGGAAGAAGAUGCUGGGAAACCAGAAGAGUGUGGUAUUCACUUCAGCACAAGUCAGCGAGGCAUAGACUCCCUCUCGGACAUCAUGGAUACCUUCUCAUCACACCUGUCAGGGAGCUUCUAGAAUGGGGUGCAGGGACUGGCCAUAAAUACUGUAGAAAUAGCAGGCAGGCACCCCUCCUUCCUCCAGACAGGCUCUCAUUCAAGGAAGAACAGCCGAGCCUUCAGUCUCUCAAAACAUAGAGGAGGAGAUCAGGAGACCCCUACAUUGAUAAUGCAGAGGGCAAACUGUGUUUAGUUGUAGGGGAAGUUGGGAAUGUGCUCCAAAAUCCCCCACUCCCUCUCCUUUAUGUCCCUUUCCCUAGAUAUGGGCAGGAUAUCUCUUUAGGAAAAAGGGCUGCUGUUUGGGGGGUUAUAUUUUUGUUCAAUAUAUUUGGAAAUUAAAGUUUCUGACCCAU